AAAAUCACUCUAAAACCCUUUAUAUAUACUCCGCACAUCAAUCCUACGUUUUCUUCUAUUCCGCAUUUCCUCUGUUUCUCUCUCUCUCUCUCUCGCUGUUUGUCUCUUCGUGUGUCACUGUAACCUUAAAGCCGUUAAGAUGAGGUUAUGUGUGCUUGUAUCUACAACAGAUGAAAGGAAAUGGAAUUGCUAACUGACAAGUCUAUGCAAAGAUUGUAUAUUCAAGAACAUGGUGACUGCAGAGUUGAAUCGUCAUCCUACCGUGAAAUGGGCCCAGAGUUCUGAUAAGCUUUUCAUUACGAUUGACUUGCCGGAUGCCCAGGAUGUGAAGCUUAAACUGGAGCCUGAAGGAAAAUUUUUCUUCUCUGCUACCACUGGAGCAGAAAAGAUACCUUAUGAAGUUGACAUAGAUCUGUAUGAUAAAGUUGAUGUAAAUGAGAGCAAGGCUAGCAUUGGCUUGAGAAAUAUCUGCUACCUUGUGAAAAAGGCUGAGAACAGGUGGUGGAGCAGAUUGUUGAAGCAGGAAGGAAAACCUCCUGUUUUUUUGAAAGUUGAUUGGGAUAAAUGGGUUGAUGAAGAUGAGGAGGAGCCAGAAAAUAAAUUGGGAUCUGAUACGGACUUUGGCGACUUCGAUUUUUCAAACCUGAACAUGGGUGGUGGUCAAGGCUUUGACGCUGACGCUUCAGGCAAGGAUGAUGAAAUUGAUGAUGAUAGUGACACGGAGGAGGAACCAUCUGCUGGUGGUGAGCCUGAUGCAGAAGAUUCUCAUGGUGUUGAAACUGGUGGCAAGCCUGAUGCAAGAGCUUGAAUCUCUGUUUGAUGUGUUUUGCACGGCUAAGCUGAUGUUUUGUCACGCAGUUUAAUGCUUUAACUAACGUACAAAUAGUGAAUGUUUUACUUCACAUAUCUUGCCUUUUUACCUUUUGCCUGGGUGGGGAGGGGGUAUGUUAAUUUUGAGCUCUUGGUGUUGGCAAGCUUUAAAUUUCUGCUCUCGUAGUGUAAGUAUUCAAGCAUGAGUUAUCGGGCUUUGGUGUUUUCAUAA